GAUAAAGCUGAAUCAUCCCUGUGUCUGUAGUGCUCAGUGUUUAUCUCAUGAAGCAACCAAUGAAUGUGCAGCAAUGAACAUUAGAAACUGAUUGGACUGGACUGUCUGGUUUUUCAGGGACAGGUUAAUCCUUGUCCGAGUUCCUGUUUCCUGCUCGGUUCCAUCGACUCCUUUCACUUUGACAGCGACAGUUUGGAUCACUGUGUCAGAGUCCGGGGUUUUUAUCUGUGAGUGGAGGAACUCAUUGAUCAACAGUACAGGAUCUGCAGUCUGGAGAUGUUGUUCAGAGUAGAGAUGAAGAAACGCACCACAGAGAAGCUCUGAACGUGAAAUCCUUUAAGAGAUUCUCUCUUUUCUUUGUUUGUAAUUGAAACUUUUUCAGAAAGCAGCACUCGUUUCCAGUGGUCACUAAAAUAUUUCUCUGAGAGUAAUGAGUGAUGGCUCUUCAGGAGAUCAGUGUGAUCUUCACACACAGACCCUCGGCCUUCUCUGCUGCUGUGCUGCUUCUAACACUCGUCCUCUGCAGAGGAUCAUUUGUAGUGGAUGUGACACAGAGCUGCUAUCAGGCAGAGGAGAACCACAACAUCACACUGGAGUGGACGUUCACCACCAAACCAGACAUGUCCAUCUCAGCACUGAGGAUCCUCUGUUACAUGAAAACUGAUCAUAAAGACUCAACUCUGUAUUACCUUUUUGAUGGUGUCGAGUUCUCAAAGCAUCAGGAUGAAAAGUUUUCAGGACGAGUCCAGAGUGACAAAGACGCCCUCAGAGAAGGACGAAUCAGACUCCAGCUGUCCAGACUCAGGACUGAGGACUCGGGUCUGUACCUGUGUGAGGUGGACACAGGUUAUGGCCGCGGCUCCAACAGCUGCAGAGUCACCGUCUCUGAAUCAAAGUCUGGGAAGACCGAAACAACUCAGCAACCUGGAAAUUUCCAAAUGCCAGAUUUGAAUGAUGUGGCCAAAGGCAUAGAAUUUUUUCUGGCACUCUGGUUAGCAAUCGUCGUGGCUGUAUACAUCUGUAUCUCUCUGGUCUCAUGGGGAUUUAUUGUUUAUCAGAAUUGUAAAGAACCUAAAACAGACCUCCUCAUAUAAAACCAGGAGGUUAAUGAGGAAGAUGCUCUCAGCAGGUUGACCUUCUAGUUCAGAUUUAUGAUGACAACAUCAGCUGGAAGCCGCAGAUCUCGGACUGUGAAUAGAAACUAUUUAUAACAUCAUGAGGAAAAAUGAAAGUUAAGGUUUUCAGUUUGAUGCUAUUCAGUAAGUUGGUGCCAAGAACCAUUGGAGAGAAUAAAAAAGAACACAAACAACAGAGAAAAGAUUUGAAUUCAAGGCUUCAGUCCAAUAUUGACAUCCUUCAACUCAUUUGAACUAUAAAUAUCCUGAGACGUUGAAAUAAAAACAGGAUCAUUUCAGGUAAAACACAAACAGCAUUAACAGGAUGGAGCUUCAUGUUUCAUGUAUACAUUGUUUAAUAGUCUUGUUAUCACUUUUGUUGACAGUAAAA